GAUCUUAAAGAUGUUUCGGCCAACGUGGUUAUUCAUCGCAAUAGUUGUAUAUUGUGUAUACGGCGUCACUACACAACAGCUCGGUAAAGCUACAGGUUCCAAUAUACGGCUAACUGCCGGGUCUGGAGCGAAUGAAGGCAUUGUGGAGGUUUACCACAACUCAAAAUGGGGUGCUAUUUGCGCUCCUUACUGGGAUAUAAAUGAUGCAACAGUCGUCUGUAGGCAGCUUGGUUACCCUCUGGCAACUCAAGCGUCAAAUGGAGACCGUUUCGCUGAGUCAAGAGUCUACGAUACAUAUUUGGACUCCGUGGCUUGCAAUGGAGGUGAAAGUUCCUUGGAAGAUUGCUCAUAUGGGAAAUGGAUGAACUCGACGUGUCCUGGUGUAAAUACAGCAGCUGUUAUAUGUAGCAGUCUUACAGAGUUUUCUGUACGCCUGGUUGGUGGACCAUCACGUUUUGAAGGACGUGUUGAAAUAUUCCAUAUCCAUACUGGUGAGGAACCAGUGGAAAUGUGGGGUACCAUUUGUAAUGACUACUGGGAUAUCUACGAUGCUCAAGUCGUGUGUAGGCAGCUUGGAUAUGGGAACGCUAGGGCUGCCGUAGAUGAUGGUGAUCGCUACUACGGUAAGGGUACCGGGCCCAUCCUGCUUGAGACGGUAACUUGUUACGGGACAGAAAGCCAUAUCGGUUACUGUCUCACUCCAGGUUGGCAUAUUCACAACUGUGGACACAAUGAAGAUGUAGGAGCCAUUUGCGAGUUCGCAGAUAGCAACCAGCCGCUGCCAGUCUGGGCCAUUGUCUCCAUCUCUAUAACUAGUUUCUUAGUUUUGAGCAUCCUCGUGGGCUGUGUCUACAGUAUGUUCUCAAGCUCCAAGAGGAAGCGUCGACGAACCACCACCUCCGACCAGCAAGUGUCUUAUUCUGCGUCUAAUGAGGCUUCAGUUGCACAUGGAAUAAACCACUAUCCCGGCCCACCACCACCGGGUUUCAUUGUGACAACUACCGGGGCGACUGAAGGAGCCACGGGUGGUUUUAGCGCUCUGGCCCCCAUGCCAGCACCCCCUCCGUACUCUGAAGUAGCUCCGAACGUCGAUGAGAAACCUUCAGUAGGAGAACAAUCUUCAUAG